AGGAUUCCACCUGUGUGGAAGUAACCCAACUGCAUGUGCCAGUGAGUGACGGAGAGAUCUACUUGCAUCUGUAGAGAUCUGUGUCUGUAGGCCGGGCAGCCAUGUCUAGGAAGCAGACAGGAAAGCCACUGCGUGGCGGCAACAGAAAGUGUGACGUAGAGCGAAAGCGGGAUGAGCGGGUCGCGCGCAGGGCAAUCGCCAAGGACCGCAAGAACCGGCCACAGGACGGGGACCAGGGAGAGGAGUUUGUCAGCUUCUCUAACCAGCUCCAAGCGCUGGGGCUCAAACUGAGAGAGGUGCCUGGAGAUGGGUAAGAUUCAGAGAGAGAAGGUCUGACUACAUUGCAGACACCUGGCAGACCUAUAAACGCCUGGAUAGGUAUUUAAUAUAUAAGCUAACCACAUAUCAUAUGAUAUACACUAACUGUAAGUCGCUCUGGAUAAGAGCGUCUGCUAAAUGACUAAAAUGUAAAUGUAAAUAUAGCAAUCUGAUUUCUGACUGUGUAAUCAAUGACAUGGCACGCAACCAUUGGUUGAUGCAAUGCAACGUCUGAAAUGUAGUCAGCCUGGAACGUAACCAAAGUGCUAUUAUAAAUGGCUGUUACAACGUUGACUAAUACUGUGUGUCCAUCCUAUAGUAACUGCCUGUUCCGGGCUCUGGGUGACCAGUUGGAGGGACACUCUCGAGGACACUUGCGCCUGCGCCAGGAGACUGUGCAGUACAUGAUGGCACACCGGCAGGACUUUGAGCCCUUUGUGGAGGAUGAUGUGCCCUUCGCACAGCAUUGUAAGGAAACAGCCCAAUAUGAUAGAAACCAAAUGCUAUUUCCAUGUGAAAAUGUUGUGGGAUGCCCAAGUUUUUGAUUGUAUGCCAGUCAUCCUGGAGAGUGUGUCUUUAAAAGGUCUUGUCACUAAUAUUUCUCUCUGUUGUUUUCUUCCUCUCAGUGUCAAACCUCUCCCAGCCUGGUACGUUUGCUGGCAAUGAUGCCAUCGUGGCGUUCGCCCGUAGUCAACAGCUCAAAGUGGUCAUUCAUCAGCUCAACACGCCACUGUGGGAGGUAGGAACCUCAAUGACACCCUAUUGCCCAUAUAGUUUACAACUUUUGGCUAGAGACAUAUAGCUGUUUAAAAGUAGUGCACAAUAGGGGAAAUUCACACUUAUUUUAUAUAUCUGUUUUUAAAGGAGAUCGGAAUCCCAAUCUCAUUAAGUAGGCUUAUUUUUUGAUGUUACAUUUUUUAUUUAAAUGAAAGAACGGGAAAGUGGACAGGGGAGUAGUAAAAAAUAGAAGGGCAUAGAUAAAAAAGUUGGCGAGGAGAGGCGUGAAUCCCCGUCGCCAGGUGGUAUAUGUGGUCCUACUACUAGACCACAUUGUAGCACACUGUACUGUUUUUUUAAGCUGAAGUCCUCUUCUAAUGUAACAGACUGUAUGAAAUACCACUAUUGAUAGGCCCUACUCAUCAUGUUUCCUCAAUUCAGAUAAAUGGCCCUGAGAAGCUGGUUGGCCGAGAGCUACACAUUGCCUAUCGCUAUGGAGACCAUUACGACAGUGUACGACCAGUCGGUGACAACUCUGAGAGCCCUGCUCAACUGCGUUUAGAGGUACGAAAAACGACCGGUUCAUCUAAAAACCCACUCCCAAAUAUUUCAACCAUUGGAUUAGUCCUAUAUUCAUAAAAUGUUACCUUAUUCCCCCCACCCCUCUCGUGUCCCUCCAGAAUCUUCAUAAUUCGAGUGUGCAGCGUGAGUUUGGUGACGGCCAGAGGGACAGACGGAAAGCCCCAUCACCCACCCCCUCCGAGGAGGACAAUGUGAUCCUAAGUUCCCUGAAGAACAGAGGCCCAAACUGUGAGUGUCCCCUUUGUCUUCUCCCCCAGUGCAUUCUGAUUAUCAGCGUCUGCUAGCUGUUUUGGGCCGUUUUUGGGUGCUUUUCUAACCCCAACUCAUAUAAAACUUUAAUUCAUCUGCGGUCUACGCCUACCAUGUAUAAUAAACAUUGCAAAUAAAUACAACUGAAUACAAUUGGCUGUUUUGGGGAUUUCCAUCUUUUAGAGGGAGCUACCAUCCAAAAACCCUUUGAUAAUGAUCAACAGGAGCAUCUGAUGUGAUAUAUUCACCGCAACUGACCCCAUGUGUAUUGUGUGCCAUGUCUCUCAGGUGAAGAGGAGAAUCUGUUUCAGCUGAGUGCCGCCACCAUCAAUGCUGAGUGGCUGGUGGAUUCUGAGCUAGCGGCCCAAGUGUGUCACGGACAGUGUGCCUCGGGAUCAUGCUCAGCGUGUAGAGAGGCAGCGACAGAGUGCAGUGAGCACAAACUACCACCAGAUGGAGGCAACAUACACAAAUCCAAGGUAAAUUGCAAUUCUUAAAUAAAUAUAUUUUUAAGGUGUUUUAACACGUUUUAUUCAGACAGUAAGGAACCACUACACCACGACUCUGCACUCAAAUUCCAAUUCUGAAUAUGUAUUCUGAGUCUGUGUGACUAUUUCAAUUCAAGUUCCAAAUUAAAUUGACCUGCAUUUCUCAAUUCAAUUCAGAAGGGACUUAAGUCCCCCUUUUUUGUCUUGACCUGUUUUUUUUACCCCUCUCUCAGGCUUCAAACAAGCAGAGGAAAGAGCAGCAGCGCUUGGAAAAGAAAAAGCGACAGGAGGAAAGACAUCGGCAGAAGGUUAUUCAAAGCAAAGGAACACCUGACCAGAACCAGAACCUCUCGGAGCCGGUGACUCUAGUGCCAGCUCUAAAUACACUUAGUAUAUAGACAGACAGGGGAUGGCCAAAUAAAGCUAUACCGGGCGGCUGAUGACAAUGUUUUGCACACAGAAUCAAUCUCAAUCACAUUGGAUGACUUUCAUAAACCCUUUAGUUUCUUUGCAAAUGUACGGUGCCUGCGAUAGGUUGUGUGUGAAUGUGUUGGGGGUGGUGGUUGAUUAUGAGUGUGGUUGAUAGUGACCCAGGAUGCUGUAAAUAGAUUACUCUUAGAGACACACUGUCUAGACUCUUUCUAUGCUGGUGAAUGAGGGCUGCUUUUCACAACGACCAUGCAGUACAUCUUGGGCUCCUCUUUGCGUUUGUUUUGAGUUGAAUUUCUCUGAUUCCAGCCAAAGAAGAAAGGAACGGGAAGAGAGACAUCAUUGUAAACAGAAUGAAAUGUUUUGUGAACGAUACUGAAAUGGUUUAGUUGAUACAGUAUGUAAAGAAUUAUUUUAUCUGGUUAAUGGCAGUUACAGUAUUAUUGAUCAAGCUUAAAUAAAUUAUUCAGUUGGGAGGUUUGCUGAUGAAUGAUUGUGAAGCACUCUGUCUGGUAUGGCAUGUAAUGAGGCAAUAAAUGAACAUCUUUACAGUA